AUGAAACCUUCCACAGUCUUAGGCUUUCAAAGCACUGCCGUUAAUAACUUAAGAAGACCAUGGCAAACAUUCAAGAAUGGUGAAUUAUGGUACGGUCUCACCAAGCUCGGUUCUAAGAGACAUCCUUUAACCACCAAACAAGGAAAUAAGAAUUUUUACAAAGGUACUGGAUCAGCAGGUAUGGGUAAAUUAGAUAAAUACGGUAAUUUCAUAGUGAACUGGUCUAAAGUCAGAACAUAUGUCGUACCAACAGGAUUAAAUCAAACAUCAUUAAAACCCUUGGUUAGUCCAGAAAUCCCACAAAUAGAGUCAAGAUAUGUUGGUUAUGCUGAUGGGCCAAAAGAUGUUGAAUUAGCCUGGAAGAAUAUCAAAGAUUUCAUUGAAUUAGGAGAAAACUAUGAUUACAAAGACUUGGAUAAGACUGAUUACUUAGAAGAAUUUGUCAAUCCAAAGGUUGUAGUGGAUGAAUUACCAGAAGAAAUCACCAAAUAG